AUGGCGGACGAAGAGACACUGAAAUCUUGCAAAUUCUGCUUCGGAACAGAAGAAGACAGCACACUGAGCUUCGUUCAUCCCUGCAGGUGUCGAGGAUCAAUUCAUUGGGUCCACAAUCAAUGCCUCGGAAUGUGGUUCGCAAAAGCGAACGCAGUGCAGCAAGUGAUGUGCACACAGUGCCAAACCCGAUAUCAGAAGCAGCUAACACUGAAGUCAUGGAGAUCCUGGUGGUUCCCUCGUCUCGGUGUCGACAUGUUCGGCCUUCUCGAGAUAUCUGUCGACCUUUGGAUCACAUGGAGAACCGUGUCGGGAUUUGUGGGAAUGAUGAAUGGAACCAAAGGAAUCUUUCGUGAGCUGCUUCUCUGCAGCAUGUGGAAGUGUUUUGUGGCAUCUGGCCGGCGGUUUUGCUACUACGGAAACCUUGGAUUGCGAUUCGCUUCGGCAUUGUUUCGAGUCAGUAUCGACGAUUAUGAUGAGAGACGCGAAAUCAGAGAACGCCUUCCAACCGACAUGGACUGGGACAAAAUCAGCCAAUCGGCGGUGCUCAAUCGAUGA